AUGGGGAGAUCGUCGCCUCCAUUCCUUUACGAUCGUCCUUCUGCGUAUAGCUUCUAUGGACCGACCGACAAGGCCUUCAACCCGAAGGCGGCAACCGAGGCAAGCUGGACGAGUCCAGCUCCAAAGCCCAAACCAACAGGGCCAUUGGUAAAUGUGAAUCGCCACCCUGAUACGUGGGGUUCCUUUAAUACGGUCAGUUCAUGGACUCCGAUGAGCCCCUACACUAAGGAUCGCGUCAAGUGGGCACGCAUAGCCCAGAUCACAUUACGUGUCCUUACUCUCUUGGGAGCUCUUGGGUCCCUGUUCUGUUCAAUUGUUAUCACGGGAGCUGCGUUGACUGUCAUUUGGAUCAUUCGCGUGGGCCCAAUUGUCUCUAUCCUUCACACCAUAUAUGGUAUCUGCCACCAUGCCCGCUCUCCCAUUACACGACCUUCCGGUUCUCAAGCCGCGUACGGGCUAUUUUCUUCAACCCUUGACUUGGGACUCAUCGCAUUUUACGUGUUUACCGCUUUCAUGGCAUAUGGCGAGUGGACAUCUAACGCAUACAACUGGGGAACUAUGUUCAAAAACAGCGACAUCACUGUCAAGUUGUCCGAAACUACCUUCAUUCUGGCUCUUGCCAAUGGCGGACUUCACCUGAUCUCAUUCUUCAUAUGUAUCUUCUUCGCAAUUACCUUCCGCAAGAUCUCUCGUCUACCACCUGAUAUGAAUCCACUUGAAGACAACUUGACAGCGCGUCCUCGCAAGAGCAAGCACGGGAAGAAGGAUACGGAUGAGAAGCAUCUCAGUCAAUCUACCCUCAACUCCUCUAUGGAGGAUCCACUCAUUGGACAUCCUCGUAGUAUGCCAUUUAUGCACACUCGCGAACAAUCCCUCGGUGGUCAAACCAUUCAUGAAGGAAUGGAUAUGAAUAACUACCGGCAAUCACAGCCUUCGUUCUAUCAACACCGCCUCUCUCAUCUUGAAUCCCCCACUGAGCCUCACAUGAAUCCAUCCAGCCCAGAGAUGCUAUUUCACCAAACCGAAAGCCAGCCGUAUGAUAUUACAUCCCCGACACCCCCACCCGCUCCUGAGUAUCGAAAUGUUGCCUCUCAUGCCCCAGAAAUCAUUGAUGCUACUGCUCAAAUGCGUCACUUGUCGUCCCGGACUGCUGAUAGAUCGGAUACUGUCAGUCCUUUGUCUGAUAACUGGGUAGCGUACUCUGAACGCACUCAUUCUCCGCUGAGCGAAGCUCAAAAUGAGAACGAAAAUACUCUUCGCCAGUCCUCCUCUGUUUACAGCCGUCGCAGCAACACAUCUACUGGUAGUGGGAUUCGUGAUUGGUUUGCGUAUGGUUCCAAGCCUGCUCCCAGCGUUGGAAGUGCUAUCCCAGAAGAUGUUCGAGGGGAAUAUGCUUCCCUCACUAUGCACGAAUACUAUGGUAACGACGACAACCAGCGCGAGUUGGACGUAGGCGACCAGCGCAUGGAUAUCUUCCCCGACCCCGAAGAGCACAAUGAUGAUAUGGAUGAUGAGCGCAAUGGCUCUAUUCCGUUCAACCCCCUCAUGCUCAACCCACCCACCCCACAGCCUAUUUUGACUGAAAAGCCCGAGAACACUGAUCCCGUGAGACGCAUUAUUUUGAGCGACAACCCUAACUUGUCAUACAAUGAAAAGGCACAGCCAGUCACCGUUUCGCCCAAAAGUCCCAGCUCCCCUCCACCCCCCAGAUUUUAUGGUGAACUGGAUGUUCCUGGCAAGCCCGGCCUGGACACAACCCGCGAGCCCAGCUAUGACAUUGUGAGGAAACCAACCAAGCUUACAAAGAAGCGCACCAAGAAGAUGUCAGCGUACGAGGCUCUCAAGAAAGAUGAGAGUGAUGGUGAAGAUGGAUACGCACCCAGAGCUCUCAACGCCGCUGAAGGUGACCGUCAAGGCCGUGUCAUCAGCAACUCUGGCGCAGACACCGCCAGACCUAGCAUUGCAGCUGGCGUGGGCGCCUCCCUGUCUUCAUAUGGAAGCUACAUCGCCGGUCUGGGCGUUGGCCGCCGCCGCGACGUCAGCGGCAAAGUCGCGGAAGAAGGUCGCAGCGAACCCAUUCUCGAGGAGGUUCCUCCCGUUCCCCAGCACCAGACACCCGGCGUAUCGCCAGUUCGGGCAGCUGGAUGGGCCCGCUUUGCCGGACUUUGA